AUCGGAAAAACAAAGAAACUCUAUAAUAUCAGAUGGCAUCACAUAAUACGACGGCGAAAAAGCUUCAGCGGAAGUUGCAGGCAAAUGAAGCUCAGGCUCAAGAGCCACACACUGAGCCGAAGAAAAAGCAUCCGUCGAAGCCGCAGGCAAAUGAAGCUCAGGCUCAAGCCAGCAGAGAAGCCGGCGGCUACAACCGUGGAACUCAAGGCUCAUUCAAUAACAGAGGAUCAGGCGCUCAAAAUUUCGGAGACGUCAACUACAACAGCGGCUCUCAUUCCGGCAACCGUUACAAUUCUCCUUACUACCACAACGCCGCCGGCGGCAACUUUGUUCACAACAGUGGCACUACAUACGGCGACCGCAAUGGCUGCAUUAAUGUGAACAAUGGACGCUAAUUGACUCAUAAUGGUGAUCUAUCUAUCUAUCUAUCUAUCUCUGUUAUUAAGGAUAAUGCUAGCUGCUGGCUA